CCUCACUUCCCGGAUUUCUCGACACACGCCCAGAAUCUUCGGCACAAACCUGCGCAUCACUCGUUAAAAUCUGUUUUUCGAUUAAACGAAGAGACCUCCGUGUAAAGUAGGUUGCACGACCAUUGAGCGUAUAAAUAUUUCGGUCACAGCAAUAGACUUGAAGGAGCAGCUGCAUCUCCGCUGAGGUGUUGUUGCUAUAAAAUUGGAGCUCGAGCUAAAUUGAACGGCUCAUAGAAUUACAAGAGACAACUGACCAUAAGACCCGAGCAUGUCAAAUGAGGCUGACCACAUCGAGAGUGGAGCAGACAAGGAUACUUCUGAGCAGUCCGUGACACCAAGUCCACCCAGAGGAAGCGCUCCACAAGCCAGCCCACCCAGGAUUGUGUCUGCGGAAGAAUUAAUGGAAACAGCAAAAGGAGUCACCAAUAUGGUUUUGGCCCACGAAAUCAUGGUUAACCAGUCUUUUCAAGUCAAACCGCCAGAGCUUCCUGAAGGAAGUUUGGAGCUCAAAGUAAAAGAGAUCGUUCACCAGGCAUUCUGGGAUUAUCUGGAAGCUCAGUUAAACGAAGAUCCACCGCAGUAUGGCCAUGUUAUCCAACAGCUGGCUGAAAUUAAAGAGACGUUGCUAUCUUUCUUGCUGCCGGGCCAUAGUCACUUGCGGUCCCAAAUUGAAGCGGUUCUUGACCUGACUCUAAUCCAGCAGCAGGCGGAGAAACAAGCACUGGACGUUGGUGCUCUUUCCAAUUUCAUUAUUGAGAUGAUGGGAUCGCUUUGUGCCCCCUGUAGGGAUGAGGAUGUCCGUAAACUGAAGGACAUCACCGAAUUUGUCCCGUUGCUCAAGGCCAUAUUAUCUCUGUUGGACCUGAUGAAGUUGGACAUGGCUAAUUUUGCUGUAAGCUCCAUCAGGCCUCAUCUGAUGCAGCAGUCAGUAGAGUAUGAGAGAAACAAGUUCCAGGAGUUUCUGGACAAACAGCCGAAUGCUUUGGACUACACAGAAAAGUGGCUUAAGGACACAUUGGAGAACAUGGGACAGGUUUCUUCUACUGCUGCCUCUUCUGCUCCUCCUGCCAUCCUCCCUGCUAAUGUCCAUAAUCAAGCAUAUUUGCGACUACUUAAAUGGGAACACCUCUCAGAGCCCUUCCCCGAGACAAUGUUGAUGGAUCAGACUCGAUUCCAGGAAAUGCAGCAGAUGACUGAAAAAUUGGUUUUGCUUUCAUCGAUAUUACUCAUUGUUUACACCACCACGGGAGAAGCCAUUUCAGGCCUUCCGGGUCUCAUGGAGAUGCUUAAAAACACCGUUCACGCCAUGCUUGCUGACAUGCACACACUGUCUUUCAAUCUUCAAGAGACUCUUGUGACCACUGGGGAGAAACUGUGCAUGGAGCUAAAUCAAUGUUUAACCAAGCAUGGCUACACUACAUUAUCUACCGACCUGAAAAACACUCUGAUGGGGCAAAUCUCAGCCACCACAGACCCAGACAACACAGUCCGUCAGUUGAUGGACUCUCGGGUUCAGAGCUACCUGCUGGCUACUCUGGAGUGCAGUCAACACAAGACCCCUCUUCCUAUACCUGGAGGUCUUGCACCCAUCUCCAAGGAGCUAAACGAACUCUCUGUUCGCUUUAGUUGUCUCGUUAAUUUCAACAAGCUUGUCUUCUCCCCCUUCUACCAAAAGAUUCUCCAAAAGUGCCUCUCAUCAGAAGGUUGUGCCGGCACAGAGACAUAAACACUGACGGUGUCGUGACGUAGAUACUCAAGGGAACACUUAAGUUCUACAAACGGAGCUGAGGAUGAUGAUGAGCAGUGCUGGCUGGUAGCAAUACAUUUAUUGCUCAGAGGAAAAUGCCGCAUUUAAAACACACAAGCGCUACUUUGAAAAAUGAAAUGGAAAAAAAACUUCUGCUCCAUCCUAUACCCAGCUUAUAUGUAGAUCAACUCUGUCAAGUCCAAUGAGUUAUUUUUGGACCAGUUCUUGAGUCUUGGGAGGUUUAAAGAACACAUGAUCGUCACAAAUGAGUCACCGGAGCCGCAGUGGUUUUGCAGAUUCAUUUAAAAAUGGAAAAGCAAACUCACAAAUUUGGUCCACCAGCUAUACCAUAGAAUUAACCAAUACUAGUGCUGUGGUUUAGUUCUUAUAGUUUGGUCCAAGAGAUCUGAACUAAAAAGUAGUUGUGCUUUUAGUCGUGGUAAGUCUGAAGAAAAUUACUACUCAACUGUGUUGCUGCUAACUUUCUCCUACCACACUGUAGAUACUUGCGAAAGAAGUGUAUGAAAGAAAGCUUUAGUAUAGACAAUUGGCUUUAGAAAUACAAAAGCACCAGUGCGUGUUGAUACCAGAGGAAAGUAUCAGUCCAUUGACUCUUGUCCAGAGAAGUGACAUUUUACAUCAAUGACAAUGAAAUUUAUUAUACUACAUAUCUUUGUUCUGCUGAUCAGCACUGUGUUGGUCAAUAUUGUGACAGUCUUUUGACUCCCUCAAAAGAGCAUCAAACAGCUGCAGCUCAUUCAGAAUGCUGCAGCUUGGGUUCUGACCAGCAAAAAAAAAAACAGCCGAAAGACCAUCGGCAAUUUGGAGUGGUCAAUCAGUCUACCAUGCAUGUUUUUGGGAUGUGGGAGGAAACUUGACGAUCCGGCGAAAACACACGCGGGCAGAGGGAGAACAUGCAAAGAAUCGGACCCACACCCUCUGAACUGUGAGGCGGAUAUGCUAAACAGUGCGUCACCGUGUGGCGUUAGUUCAUACAUAACAUUAUGAUUAUAUUACACCUGUAUUGUGAGUAUGGUCGUGAUGUUUGCAAGCUGAGCUCUGGCCAACUGUUGUCAUUUUCAGUCAACAGCAAGUGGCAAGAUAGAUAAGAGAUGGAUACGUUUUUAAUUCACUGCUUAAUUCCAAUUUCUCAAACAUAGUAUUAAAUCAGUAUACCCAUGUUUAGACUAGUUAGGCCACAUAGAACAUGUUAUCGAAAAUAAUUUUUUAAAUUUGACUUCACCUUAAAGCAUUUCAAAAACAUUUUUUUUAUAACUCUUGUUCUUGCACUGUACAUUCUUUUAGUAAUUUUAAUAAAGUCAGUGCUUUUAAAUGUUGUAGUACUUCUAUUAUCUGAAGCAUGUAUUGCACUGUGUAUGAAAUGCACUAUAUAAAUAAAGCUGCCUUCUAUUGCUUCAUGGA